AUGUCCAGCAAGAGCAAUAAUGAUAUAAAUGCAGAUAAAAUAACCUAUCUUUUGGGAUUACUUGGAAGAAAUCGUACGGAGAAGGAAUUGAACUCAAAUAUAGCUGAUUCCGACUACGAAGACAUUGAAGACCUGAAGAUGCUGACUUUGGAAUCCAUGCUUACGAGGCCCCCGAUCUCUGAAGGCACUUAUAUUUCUGACACCACGGUAGCCCAAGAUGAUGUUUCAGAAGUGAUUCAGGAAAUUUACGAAGAUGUCGUUCAAACAGGUAUUGCUGCAGGGUUUGAAACUGAGCUGCACAUGCAAUAUGCUCGAAGAAGCCUAUUCAAUGCUUUGCCAUGGUACUAUAGAUCUUUGGAUGCAAACCACGGUUGGAUGUUGUACUGGUUAGUAAAUUUCAAACAAUUGCUCCCCACUGAAAGCGGGAAUGCCGAGCCUAUUGCAGAAGAAAUUUCCAUGUUGGUCACUGAAAAGAUCAAUUCGGUAAUUAUAGAUGAAGGUCUUGGUGGGAUCGCUGGUGGGAAACACCAAAUUGGGCAUGCUGCUUCUACUUAUGCGUCAGUUUUGGCUCUCAUAUUGGUGGAAGACUAUGAAACAUUAAAUAAGAUCAGACCAAACUUGUACAUUUGGAUAAUGAGGUCAUUAAAGAAUGGUCCGGAUUCUGGUGACAAGUAUGGCUCAUUUUCCAUGCAUCCACAUGGUGAAAGUGACACUAGAUCAACGUACUGUGUGUUAGUAAUUGCAUCUUUGUUGAACAUAUUGACUGAUGAGUUACGUGAAGGAACAGCCGAAUGGAUAUCUAGAUGCCAAACUUUUGAAGGAGGGUUUGCUGGAGUUCCUCUGACUGAAGCUCAUGGAGGUUAUACAUUUUGUGCUCUAGCCAGCUACUUUUUCUUGCUAGGAAAGCCCCAGAAUGAAGAAAAUGGUGAGCUUAAGGCGCAAAUUCUGAAGUACAUCGACAUCGACGGGCUACUUCAUUGGACUGUAAUGCGCCAAUAUCAAUUGGAAGGUGGUUUAUCGGGACGCACGAAUAAACUUGUUGACGCAUGCUACAGCUUCUGGAUAGGAGGGGUGUUUCCUCUUCUUGAGAUGGUACUAGAAGAAGAGUCUUUGUUCGAUAGAGAAGCUUUAAGGAUUUACAUUCUCAACUGCUGCCAGGACAGUAGAGGGGGUCUUAGAGAUAAGCCGGGAAAGCUGCCAGACUUCUACCAUCUGAAUUACACUGCAUUAGGGCUUUGUGUUGCGGAAAACACAUAUUCAAUUAAUAAAGAGAAGAAGACUGGGGCUGAUAACUAUGCAUACAAAAUAACCUCCAUCCCUAUAAGUGGGAACGUUCAGUUUAGAGCGAUAAAUCCUAUCUUCGGGUUACCACUUGGGUAUGCUGAAAAAUGCAAAGAACAUUUCAUACGACUUGAUUGUAAAUAG